CCUGGCUGCUAAUGCUGCUGCUGCUGCUGCUCCCGCCCACCGCAGAGAGCUGUGUGCCGCCGCCGCCGCUGGGAGGACUGGGCAGCGCGAGCCCGACCAGUUCCGCCUUCCUUCCUGCCUUCAGCCCUUCGCCUCGGCCGGACUAGAGCUGACGAGGACCGCGGCUCGGCGUCAUGGAGCACGGAGCGGAGCUGGAGUAACUUCUGUUUGGAGGUCCAGCGGUCAUGACCACGACAGGGCAGCGGACACCGAGGAGGAUUUACAAUGAAUAAUAACAAGAGGAUGUUAGUUUGAAUUUUUUUGGAGAUUUGGACCAUUUGUGAAGGAUGACUUGUGCAUGUAUCGGUCUCACCAUAUUCCUACCUGGAUUCUAUUUGGGAAUGUUCCAGAUACUGCACUGAAUUCACUUGGGAAUCAUCAAAAUGGAGAAGGACUUCACACAGUAGCUUCCUCUCCCUCUUCUCCACAUGUUUUUGCACUCACCACUGAGACCUUAAAGCUUCCACAUAACCCCAUGGACCUGCUCGUAGGUCUAAUAGCUCUGUCUUAACUUCCAUACAUGGACUAAUCUAUCUAUCAAUAGAAUCUUUUAAGAAUAAAGGAACUACAAACAUGUCCGCCGCCGCGAGAAGGCACCUGGUCCGGGACUUUAACCACUUCAUCACCUGUUAUCUGUGCCGUGGAUACCUGAUCAAACCCACCACAGUCACCGAGUGCCUGCACACAUUCUGCAAGAGCUGUAUCGUGCAGCACUUUGAGGAGAGCAACGACUGCCCCAAGUGUGGCAUCCAGGUUCAUGAGACCAACCCUCUGGAGAUGCUGAGGCUGGACAAUACUCUGGAGGAGAUCAUUUUCAAGCUGGUGCCCGGGCUCAGAGAGAAGGAGGAGCAACAGGAGCUCGAGUUCUGGAAGAAGAAUCAGCCCUUGGAGAACGGACAAGCAGACAGUAUGAAGCAUCCGAAAGCAUCAGAGGGAGGAGAGGAGCCUGAAGGAGGAGGCGGAGGAGGGGACGGGGGAGGGGACGGAGGAGGAGCAGAGGAGCAGGGCCAGGACUACCACAGGAGUGACCCACAGAUCGCCAUCUGUCUGGACUGUCUGCACAACGCGGGACAGAGCCAGGACACCUCUGUAACGGACCUGAUGAAGAGGUUCAUCCGCUGCUCCAGCAGAGUCACCGUGGGAACCAUCAAGAAGUUCCUCAGCCUCAAACUCAAGCUGCCCAGCUCCUACGAGUUGGACGUGCUGUGUAACGGCGAGAUCAUGGGCCGUGACCACACUCUGGAGUUUAUCUACAUGACCCGCUGGAGGCUGCAUGGAGAAAACACAUAUCCCAUGGUCCUUGAGUAUAGACCUCGCAUAGACUUUGGCUGAAGGUCCCCGUACGCCUGUUUGACGCACUUUUGCACAUGAGAGCGUGUGCAGAGCAACCAAGAGAUUUAAACGUAUUUUUGUACAGCUAACCAGGAAGUGCAGGAAUUGUUAAGUUAGAGAGGUUUUAUGCUACUACAUAGAAUAAUAUAUAUGCUACUAUAUAUUUGAAAUGUCCGUCCCUGUGCCUAAACCUGACAAUGAAGUCUGAGCAUAUCGUCACUUGCCUGUCAAACUAACUGUAGAAUAAAUUGUGAUUUUUAUAUUGUUUAA